AUGCCCUUUUACUAUCAUGUCGAUGAAUGUGCAGACGGCACAAAUAACUGCCACUCCGCGGCAUCCUGUACCAACACAGACGGCUCUUUUACCUGUGCCUGUACCGCAGGUUAUGUGGGAGAUGGAAUCAGCUGUACUCAUGUCGACGAAUGUGCAGAUGGCUCACAUAACUGCCACGAGAAGGCUACCUGUUCUGACACAGUCGAGGGGUUUAACUGUACCUGUGAGGAAGGUUACAAUGGAGAUGGAGUCACCUGCACAGAUGUCGAUGAAUGUACAGACGGCACAAAUAACUGCCACUCCGCGGCAUCCUGUACCAACACAGACGGCUCUUUUACCUGUGCCUGUCCCACAGGUUAUGCGGGAGAUGGAAUCAGCUGUACUCAUGUCGACGAAUGUGCAGAUGGCUCACAUAACUGCCACGAGAAGGCUACCUGUUCUGACACAGUCGAGGGAUUCAGCUGUACCUGUGAGGAAGGUUACAACGGAGAUGGAGUCACCUGCACAGCUUUGUCUGACCUGGUCUUCACCGAUGUCGGAAUAGACUACCUGACCCUGUCCUGGAGGGCGCCUACUGACCUGACUAUAACCCGUUACCGACUACGCUAUCGUCCCACCGGGGGCUCGGACCAGGACCUGUCUCCCCCGCCCUCCCCGGGCGACACCGCGGCCACCGUGCCCGGACUGUGGGCAGACACAGAGUACACCUUCACCCUGACGGCGUUUGGAGAUGGCGACCAGGAAAUCGGAGAGAUCAGUGGGGCAGAGACAACAGCUGAGGUUAUCGUGAAUGUGGAGUGCCAUCAGGAUCACAUGACCGUGACCUUCCCCAGAGCGGCGCUACCAGAGGUAGAUGUGGACAACAUGCACCUGCUGAACGACAGCUGCCGCGCCACGGUUACAGACACGGAGGUGACCGUCCAGACAGGUCUGCAGGACUGCGGGACCAUUCAGGAUUCGUCAGAAGAGGACAAAUUUACAUUCAUCAACGAGGCCAUCGCCAGUCCGGUGACGUCUGACAACGGAGCCGUGAGAGGGGCGCCUUUCAGCAAGAGGUUCUGGUGUAAGUUCCUCCGUCAGUACGUGGUCUCGCAGGGAGGGGAGAUCCUCUACAACAUCCCGUCUCCUCGUCCCUCCGCCACUACGUGGUCUCGUAGGGAGGGGAGAUCCUCUACAACAUCCCGUCUGCUCGGUAAGAUCCCCCGUCAGUACGUGGUGUCACAGGAGAGGGAGAUCCUCUACAACAUCCCGUCUCCUCGGUAA